AUGGGGAACUGCCAGCCCACCAUCGUGCCCUACGAGGACUUUGACGUCACCGCCGACAUCAAGACCAUCCGAAAAGCCUGCAAGGGACUCGGCACCGACGAGAAGGCCAUCAUCGAAGUCCUGGCCAACCGCAGCUCCGAUCAGCGUCAGGAAAUCAAGCAGGCCUACUACGACAAGUACGACGACGAGUUGGUGGACGUGCUGAAAAGCGAGCUGUCUGGCAACUUUGAGAAGGCUAUACUGGCCAUGUUGGACCCCCCCAUCAUCUACGCCGUCAAGGAGCUGAGGAGGGCCAUGAAAGGGGCGGGAACUGAUGAGGACGUGCUGGUGGAGAUUCUUUGCACCGCCACCAACGCUGACAUUGCCUUGUUCCGGGAGUGCUACUUUCAAGUGCACGAACGCGAUCUGGACGCCGACAUCGAGGGAGACACAAGCGGCGACGUGAGGAACCUGCUCAUGGCUCUCAUGCAGGGUAAUAGAGACGAGAGCUACGAGGUGGACGAGGAGCUAGCAGAGCAGGACGCCGCCUCGCUCUUUGAGGCGGGCGAGGGUCGCUUCGGGACGGACGAGUCCACCUUCAGCUACAUCCUGGCCUCCAGAAACUACCUCCAGCUCCAGGCUACCUUCAAGAUGUAUGAGCAGCUUUCCGGCACAGAAAUCCUGGACGCCAUCGAGAGCGAGACUUCGGGCACGCUCAAAAGAUGCUACAAAGCUCUUGUGAGAGUCGCCAAAAACCCGCAACUCUACUUCGCCAGACGUCUGCACGACGCCAUGAAGGGGGCGGGGACUGAUGAAGACACGCUCAUACGCAUCAUCGUGGUCCGCUCUGAGUACGACCUAGAGACCAUCAAGGACCUCUACCUGGAAAAGUAUGACGUAUCUUUGAAGGACGCCUUGAGGGACGAGUGCAGCGGCGACUUCAAGCGCCUCCUGCUGGCCAUCUGCCACUGA